UGUAAUCGAUUACUGUUCCUUAUCAAGAUUCCAGUUGCAUCACGGGAGAUCGCGAUGUUCAAAAUCCACUUCCGUUUUUUUUCAGUCAUGGAGGAACGGAGCAGCAUUGUAAAGACCCCACUCAACAAUGUCUUGACACAACGAAGGAGCAAGAGUUACAGGCGAUCCAUGCGAAGCUGCGCUGAAGCAACUAAUCUGGGAUACACAUCAGGCCAUCUGACAGCUCUAAGAAUACCAAGAAGUAGAAGAACUCCAAAAUCACGUGAUAUCACAAAACAGGUUGACCCAGACCAAGUGGCACUCCUGGUGACGAAAGAAUGGGAGCUGUCGUACGUCACACCUUUGUACCAGUUCAGACACACUCAGUUGAAAUCCUAUUCAAAGCAUCUAUCAGCUUUCAUUGUAUCAGAGAAGCAACAGGGCCUGGCGAUUGAAGUUGGCCAGGAAUUGGGCUUCAAGGUCAAUUUUUCGGUGGUCCUUGGGUUGGCAGAGACUGAUGAAGAUGCUGAGACGGUUUUCAUACAGAUUCUCUCCAGACAAGCGUUUGCUGCAAAAUAUGAUGCUCAGAAGGUUGUGUGGAGUGGCUGGCUGACCUGCGUCAACGGUGACUUAGAGUAUCUCCGAUCACUACCAUCAGAAUUUGUCAGUUUGCCUUUGCUCUGUACCAGGGGACCAGAGUCUCUCACAGUUUUGGUCAAAUCCUGGUUUGAAAAGACAUUUGACUGUUGCUUUGGCCCUCUUGGUAUCAACUCUGCCAACCUCCAGUGGCUCGCAGCCCUGUGGAUUGGGUGCCACCCCACCAUCAACAUACAAUACCUGAAACUGGUUUGGACCCUUCCAACACUACCCCCUAUGGAUGUUAAGUACACAAUCCACCCACAAGAUGCCUGGGAGCUUUGGGACAGUGUGCGGCAGGAUGACACAACAGAUGUCAGCAUCGAGGAGGUCACCAGGUUCAUCAAAGGGCUGCAGUCACACUUCUUCAGGCACUUCAGGAUAGAAUUGUCCGCUGGGUCACUGAUGCAGGUCUCCACGGCUUUGGGUUCUUCUCACCAUAGUGGAAAAAUCAAGAUUGCAAGCCCUACCUACAUCACCACCAUCCUGCAGCUGCUGACAGAAUGUGCCCUCCUGAAGAUGCCCAUCUAAUCAACAUUUGCAUGUAAACCUCACAAUUACUGUCCAUAUGAAAUUAAACUGUUUGACAUUUAUAUUCCUGUAAAUAGCAUAAGUACCUGUAUUGUAUGAAAAGGCAAGUGCAUACAUUACAAAAUAACAAUUCCUGCUGCAUUUGUUCUCUAUAGAUAUUAUUCAUUACAAGCUAAAAGUGUAGACAUAAUUGUGCUACCGGGGGUGAUUUGUGGCCAAUAUACCAUGGCUAAGGGCUGUUCUUAGGCGCAAUGCAGUGCCUGGAUACAGCCCGUAGCUGUGGUAUAUUGCCAAUAUACCACAUACACCUGAGGUACCUUAUUGCUAUUAUAAACUGAGUACCAAUGUAAUUAGACCAGUAAAUAUAAAUGUUUUGUCAUAACUGUGGUAUACAGUCUGAUAUACCAUGGCUUUCAGCAUUCAUGGCACAAACCACCCAGUUUAUAAUUUAUUAUAUAAUCAGGUUUGAGACAUGGUAAAUCCAUUGCCAUCAAGUAACUUGGGCAGAAGUUCUCAUAUAUAUAUAUAUACACACACACACAAUCCUUUCCAGAUAUACAGUACAGUGAAUCAAGUGGCUAAGUGAAAACUAUCAACGCCUAGUUUCCCAGAGAACUAGCCUUGUAAUCCCUGUGCAGUGAUUUCCUAAAUGGUUCAAAUACAGAUUGUUUUUUGAGCUUAUUAAAGUUGGAAAUAAAAAAGGUUUUUAUUAACAGAA